CGCCUCGCCUGCCCUCCCCGCCGCCUCCACCUCCUCCUCUUCCACCUCCUCCGGCUCGGCGGGCGAGGACUCGUCCGGGGACAUAAAUAAAUAAAUAAUUCCAUUCACCCGGUGACAGCGAGGCGAACCGGCGGCGGCCGGCGGGGGACGGAUCGCUGCAGCGCCCACCCUUUGCCGGAGACCAGGAGUCACUCUUAAGAUAUGAUGCUUUCCUGUGAAACCUUAGACACAGGAAUCUUGGAAACCAAAGGACUCUAGGACUCUGUGCCAAUAGAGCUGCUUUGUUACUUGAAUUCCAAACAGAGGAGUGGAAAUGCCACCCCCAGCAGGCUCCCCACCGCUGCAUCCACCUCCUGAUGGAGGAUGGGGCUGGGUAGUGGUUGGAGCAGCUUUUAUCUCCAUUGGAUUUUCAUAUGCAUUUCCCAAAGCUGUCACAGUUUUCUUCAAAGAAAUUCAGCUAAUAUUCAACACUACCUACAGUGAAAUAGCAUGGAUAUCAUCCACUAUGCUAGCUGUUAUGUACGCAGGAGGUCCCAUAAGUAGUGUUUUGGUGAAUAAAUACGGUAGCCGGCCAGUGGUGAUGGUAGGAGGUUUGUUAUGCUGUUUGGGGAUGGUCACAGCCUCUUUUAGUACCAGCGUAGUAGAGCUUUACAUCACCAUGGGAUUCAUUUGUGGUUUAGGUCUAGCCUUCAACCUGCAACCCGCCUUAACAAUCCUUGGCAAGUACUUCUAUAAGAAACGGCCUAUGGCGAGUGGCCUCGCGAUGGCAGGAAGUCCCGUUUUCCUAAGUACACUGGCUCCUUUCAAUCAGUACCUCUUUAAUACUUAUGGCUGGAAAGGAAGCUUCUUGAUUUUGGGAGCCUUACUGUUGAACUCCUGUGUAGCUGGGUCCCUUAUGAGACCUGUUGGACCCAAACUAACUACUAACAAGUCUAAAAAUAAGGUUGGUGUAAGAGUGACCGAUUCAGGCAUGAAGAAAAGACAUAGGGAGAAAUCAAUAUGGGCAAAAAUUGAUAAGUAUUUCGAUUUCUCCCUUUUUAAGCAUAGGGGGUUUCUGAUAUACUUAUCUGGAAAUGUCAUUAUGUUUCUGGGGUUCUUUGCCCCCAUUAUAUUCUUGGCUCCAUAUGCUAAAGACAAAGGAAUUGAUGAAUAUUCUGCAGCUUUCUUGCUGUCUGUUAUGGCUUUUGUUGAUAUGUUUGCCAGACCCACUGUAGGAUUCAUUGCAAACUCCAAAUUAAUCCGACCCCGAAUCCAGUACUUUUUCAGUUUUGCGGUUUUGUUCAAUGGAGUGUGUCAUCUCUUAUGCCCGCUGGCUGAGGACUACACAAGCCUGGUGGUGUAUGCUGUAUUUUUUGGCCUUGGAUUUGGGAGUGUUAGCAGUAUCCUCUUUGAAAGUCUCAUGGACCUUGUUGGCGCUCAAAGAUUUUCCAGUGCUGUGGGUCUCGUCACAGUUGUGGAGUGUUGCCCCGUCCUUCUUGGUCCUCCUCUUGCUGGUAAAUUGGUGGAUGAAACUGGACAAUAUAAAUACAUGUAUGUGGCCUGUGGAGCUAUUGUAGUCCUAGCCAGUGUGUGGCUGCUCAUUGGCAAUGCUAUCAACUACAGACUGCUCGCAAAGGAAAAGAAGUUGAAAGAGACAACGAAGAAAAUACAUACACCUGAGUCCCAAGAAUCUGAAUCCUUGAAGGCAUCUAAAAGUCAUGAUGUUAGUGUCAAAAGUCAAAAGUCAAAAGGAUUAGGGGUUAAUCCCUCAGAAAGAGAAACUAAUAUUUAACAAGAAUUACAUCUCUGAUUUCAGUGUUUAUGACUUUCUUAGGAGUAUUUUUUUUUCAACAUAUUAGAAGGUUUUUAGUUGAAAUGAGGAGUCAUAAGUAAGUAUGGAAAAGAGAUUUUCCUUAAUGGCAAAAUUUUUAAAAGUUUGUUUUUUAAAAUUUAUUUGGGCAAUUAAAUUUUGAGAUUAUGCAUAUAAAGAAUUCAUGCAAUGGGCUUAUUUCCAUACAUGACUCUGGCUGCAGUGGUUAAAAAGAUUUUAAAGUCUUCCAGUGACUUCCAUCUUGGUUAUAGAGAUCUGAAUCCCAAACCACUGGAUUAAGUAGUUAGAAGGAGUAUGUUUAAUCCUGUAAGACUAUCCUCUCCACACUUCAUUUUUUAUUUGAUAUUAAAGGGUGAAACGGAAUUGAAGGAAAUGAAUUUUUCCCAAACAUACACACACUGACACUCACACACUUAAGAACAAGCACACAGGGCAUCUGGAGAAAAAAGACAAGUUCAAAAAGAAUAUUAUCACUGUAUUUUUUUAAAUCCAUGGAGAAAAAAGAAAUGUGUUAUAUCUGCAUACUACUUUACAGUGUGGAUUUUAAAGAUAAGAACAUGGGUGAAAAUGAGGGUGGCCUUAAUUUGAAAAUACAACUAACUGCUGCAAAAAACAAGCAUAUGCAUAUAUGAAAUAAAUUUGAAAAAA